AUGACUUUUUACGGAGAAGAAAAGAUGAACGAAUGUCUCCAAGAGAGCAACAUAACCUUGAGCACCAGUCGGUUUAUAAUGAAGCUGGUCGUUGUUCAGCAGUUCGAUCCAAUUUCCUUGAAGAUACCAGAACGCUGCUCACACGUAGAGAAACACUGUCAAACUGGGAUAAUCGACCAGUUUCUGGAAAAUAGAUGCCAAAAUGCGAAAUUGUUUUUUCUCAUUAGUCCUGAUGGCAAGCGCCAGAGGCUUUUGAUUCCUCAUGCUGACGACGAGGAAGAAGUUUCGAUUGACAUUUCGAAAAGGAGCAAACGGCAAGUCGCACACUGGCUUCUUUUUACAGUCGCCAUCACUGAGAAAAAUACAGGAGAGGAGGAUACUUCUGGAUAUUCUAAGAAAUGUGGCUGGGUUUGGGAGCAAGAAAAACCUAGAAAAGAUAGGAAGCGACGAUUGGUUUACAAGGAUGGCAAGUUUAGGUUCGACCCUCCGUUUGUCUUUGACAGGAUGGAGCAGCUCCCUGACCGAUUUGAAAUGCCUGACUGGGUCGACGAAGAAGACAGAAAAGCGCGAGAGAAGAAACAAACUCGCAGCAAUAAGCCAAAGAAAGCAAAGAAAGAGAAGAAACAAAACAGCAAACUUUCGAACAAAACAACUUCGAAAACCAAGCAAGGCGAUGUUCAGAACGACCCUUCAAGGAACAGAGGCGAAAGCGACAUGGUAUCCGGAGAACUCGAACUUGAUGAUGGCCACGAAGCAGACUGGAAUACAGUAGGAAAUCAAGACAAAUCGAAUGGGGAAACGAACACCAGUGAAAUCGUUUCGUUAGUUGAAGAUUUAAAGGAAAUAAGUUUGUCAGAGAAAGAAUCCGAAGAAAGUGAGCUGGGAGAGAGCUCAUCUUCACCUUCAUCAUCUCCGGUCGAUGACCCCAAAAAAGAAGAGAACUGCUCACUGAAAGAACAACUGGAUAGAUUCUUGACGUGUCAAAUCUGCUUCGAAUACUACGACGACGGAAAACGAGCGCGAUACUCGCACAGCUGCGGUCACGGAUGUUGCUGGACUUGCAUGAAGAUGGAAUUCGCUCGUCAACGAGAAGCGAGGAGGAGAAAAUUCUACUGCCACUGCGGAUUUGAGAUCCACGAGAAAAAAAUCAUCCGAAUGUUCCUUUGA